GUGUCUAUGACAAUGAAUUAGCAGGGGAAAGUGAAGCUGAUUUAGUUUCUAUUAGUCAGUCAUUGUUGACUGGAUUUCUGUUCUUCAGAAUGGAGCACCUUUAAGCCUGUGGCAACAUUAGUGCUUUUAUUAUAAUAGUUUUGAAGGAGGGCUUUCCCCGGGCAGGUGCUUCACUGCUGCACUGCGGUCGCUCCUCCCCCGCGCUUACGUACGAGCUGCGGGCGGGUCUUACAGAAAUCCCCGGUGAAAGAGACAGCUGCUGCUGCGUUUGAGAGAGAAACAAGAGAAACCGGCGGAGGGAACCGGAGCCACACACCGCAGAAGGGGCGCAGUGAUGGGGAACGCUCAGGACAGACCCCCGGGCAGCGGAGGAGACAGAACAGGACCAAACCAGGCCAGAUCAGGGACACGAGGUAAUGCGGAAAACCCCCAUAGUCACCACGGCUCUCAGAAAGGAUUGGCAAACGGGACACCGAUACAAAACAGUACAGUAACACGCGAGGAGCCGCCGGUGGAGGACAAGAGUUACCUGGACGCCCCCGCAGGAGCCCUCCCCCCUCACUUGGCCCGGCUCAAAAAUGAGGGCAACCACCUCUUCAAACAUGGACAGUUUGGGGAUGCCAUUGAGAAGUACACACAAGCCAUAGAGGGCUGCACUGAAGCAGGUGUUGAUAGUCCAGAAGACCUGUGUAUUCUCUACUCCAACAGAGCAGCCUGCUACCUCAAAGAUGGGAACAGCACAGACUGCAUACAAGACUGCACCACGGCUCUGGAGCUGCAGCCGUUCUCCCUGAAGCCGCUGUUACGCAGAGCCAUGGCCUACGAGUCCCUGGAGCGCUACCGACAAGCCUACGUAGACUAC